AUGAGUGCUCUGCUCCCAACCACCAAAAGCAUGACCACCACCUUCGAAUCGGCCACAAUGGCGACACCCGCUUCAACUACGACGGCGGUCCACGAAGUCUUCCACGCCGCCGAGCUCCUCGAGCAGAUACUCCUUCACUUGCCAUUCAAAUGGCUGCUCCUCUCACAACGCACGUCGAAAAGCUUCCAAGCAGCCAUGGCCACCUCACCGGCUCUGCGCCGGGAAUCAUACCUGGAAGCGAGCACCUCGAAAGCCCAGCCAGAACUCGCGCCCUUCUUCGUUGACUACGAGAACAUCACCGAUGCACACUGGAGCGCAAGCCCAGGCUUCGACUACACCAAAACAGACCCCGUGGCCUUCCCGAAUAGACCACUCAAGACCUUCCGCAUCAGCGGACAAAAUCUCGGCAUGUCCUACGCAAAGGGCAGCUGGCGCAACAUGCUCGUCACCCAGCCGCCGCCGCAAGAACUCAAAUCCCUGCGGUGGAGCUUCACCAAGGAGGGCUACAAUGACGAGGAGAUUAUCGUUGAUCGCCGCGAAGAGGGCAUUCGAUGGAGCGAUGUGCUCAAGGCGGCCGCUCGCGUCGGCUGCGAUGAUCGUGGAGUGGACAUCUGGAGCUUUUCAGGAGCACCCUUAGGCCGCGAGAUCCGUGCGAGCACAGUUGCGUAG